ACACACACACACACACACACACACACACACACACACACGGCUGGUAGUGGUCUUGCCCUGGGCUCAGCGGCCGUUCUGCCAGGGUGCACCCCCCCCCCGCCUCACGGACCAUGAGGGGCACAAGCCAAGUGGGGGCUAUCCGCUAGCUCAGCCAAUUCGGGGUUCAGUUCUAAAAGUUGGGGGGCUGACCCUUGUGCAGGGGGUGGGGGCUCAGGCCUUCCUCGGCCCCCACCAGCUGGAGGAAAGGCCGUGUCCCUUUUCUGCCAUCCUGGGAGGGGGGGCAGCCCCGGUGGUCUCUGGGCAGCUCAUCGAGGGGAGAAGCAACUUGGAGCAACGAAGGAGAAACUUCCUGACGGUGGGGAACAAUGAGCCGGUGGAACGGCUUGCCACCGGACGUUGGGGCUGCUGCUCCGUCCACUGGAGGCUUUCGAGAAAAAACUUGUCUGGAAUGGUGCCCGAGCAGGGGGCUGGACUAGAAGACCUCUCAAGGUCCCUUCCAACUCUGCCAUUCUGGGCUGGGUUCCAGUUCUGGAAGGGCCCCGGGGUCCAACCCUCCCCGGAGAUGCCCCCGAUGGCCUCGGACCCGGGACCCUCCGGGCAUGCAGCCACCUGGACGGUGUCCGACCUCUUGCGCUUCUCCCCGCCCUGCUCUCCGGCCCCACCUCCUCGCCGCCCCGCCUGGCAUCGUUACCGCCUCUCGGAAAGCAUGAAGGGGCUGUUGGUGGCCCUGCUGGGGGGCGGCGUGCCCGCCGGUUUUGUGGCCCCGUUCAGCCGCAUCGUCAAUGAGAUUUCGGGGAUGCCCUCCCUGGAGAUCCUGUUCUUCCGCUGCUGCCUCCACCUGCUCUUUGCCGGCUACCUGCACUACCAGAAGGUGUCGUGCUUCGGGCCCUCGGAGGUACGCCAGCGGACCCUGCUCCACGCCUCGGUCAACGUCAUCUCCAUUGCCUGCGCCUAUAGUUCCUUCAUGAUGGUGCCCAGCGGCAACGCGGCCACCGUGCGCAAAGGCUCCUCCACCAUCUCCUCCGUCCUGCUGGCCUUCUGCAUCGAGAACAGCCAGCUGACCGGCUACGACUGGUUCGGGCUGGUGGGCAGUACGCUGGGCUUGAUCAUCAUGGUGGUGCCGGACCUGUUGAGUUUGGACAAGAGCACCCAGAUCUAUGACACCUUUGGCUACGUCUUGGCCUGCUCGGGAGGCAUGGCGUUGGCCUUAGGGCUGGUGAUUUUCCGAACGCUGGACUUCCCGGCCAAGCUGAUGACCGUGGCCUUCCUCUUUGGCGUGGUGGGAAGCUUGAUCUGCUCACCGAUGAUGUUCCUCCUCCAGAAGCCGGUGAUGGUGCUGAAUCCGCUCACCGGGAUGUACGUGGUGACCAUCAGCCUCCUGGCCUUAUUCUCCUUCUUGUGCGCCAGCUACGCAGUGACAAAAGCACACCCGGCUUUGGUGUGCGCUGUCUUGCACUCCGAAGUGGUGGUGACCCUGGCCGUCCAGUACUACGUGCUACGGGAGGCCGUCACGCCCUUCGACAUCAUGGGGGCUGGCGUCAUCUUGGGCAGCAUCGCCAUCAUCACCGCCCAGAACAUCAGCUGCCAUCCGGCCGAGGAAGAGGAUGGAUCGAUCGUACAGCAGAAAGGGAUCAAGUACACCAAGGAGGCGGUUGGUCAAAGCAGGCACCAACUGGCAGAUUGUACGGCAGAAAGGGAUCGCGGAGAUUAAGGGGGUUGUUGGUCAAAGCAGGCACCAACCGGCAGAUUGCAUGGCAGAAAGGGAUGGAGGAGAUUAAGGAGGCAGUUGGUCAAAGCAAGCACCAACCGGCAGAUUGCAUGGCAGAAAGGGAUAGAGGAGAUUAAGGAGGCAGUUGGUCAAAGCAAGCAUCAACUGGCAGAUUGAUGGCAGAAAGGGAUAGAGGAGAUUAAAGAGGCAGUUGGUCAAAGCAAGCACCAACCGGCAGAUAGCAUGGCAGAAAGGGAUAGAGGAGAUUAAGGAGGCAGUUGAUCAAAGUAGGCACCACCUGUACAGUAGAAAGGGAUCAAGUAGAUUAAACAGGCAGUUGGUCAAAGCAGACACCAACUGUACAGUAGAAAGGGAUCAAGUACGCCAAGAAGGCAGUUGGUUAAAGCAGGAACCAACCAGCAGAUUGCAUGGCAGAAAGGGAUCAAGGAGAUUAAGGAGGCAGUUGGUCAAAGUAGGCACCAACCGGCAGAUUGCAUGGCAGAAAGGGAUCAAGGAGAUUAAGGAGGCAGUUGGUCAAAGCAGGCACCAACCGGCAGAUUGCAUGGCAGAAAGGGAUAGAGGAGAUUAAGGAGGCAGUUGGUCAAAGCAAGCACCAACCGGCAGAUUGCAUGGCAGAAAGGGAUAGAGGAGAUUAAAGAGGCAGUUGGUCAAAGCAGGCACCAACCGGCAGAUAGCAUGGCAGAAAGGGAUAGAGGAGAUUAAGGAGGCAGUUGGUCAAAGUAGGCACCACCUGUACAGUAGAAAGGGAUCAAGUAGAUUAAACAGGCAGUUGGUCAAAGCAGACACCAACUGUACAGUAGAAAGGGAUCAAGUACGCCAAGAAGGCAGUUGGUUAAAGCAGGAACCAACCAGCAGAUUGCAUGGCAGAAAGGGAUCAAGGAGAUUAAGGAGGCAGUUGGUCAAAGUAGGCACCAACCGGCAGAUUGCAUGGCAGAAAGGGAUCAAGGAGAUUAAGGAGGCAGUUGGUCAAAGCAGGCACCAACCGGCAGAUUGCGUGGCAGAAAGGGAUAGAGAAGAUUAAGGAGGCAGUUGGUCAAAGCAGGCACCAAACGGCAGAUUGUAUAACAGAAAAGGAUUGAGGAGAUUAAGGACGCAGUUGAUCAAAGUAGGCACCAAUUGUACAGUAGAAAGGGAUCAAAUAGAUUAAACAGGCAGUUGGUCAAAGCAGACACCAACUGUACAGUAGAAAGGGAUCAAGUACGCCAAGAAGGCAGUUGGUUAAAGCAGGAACCAACCAGCAGAUUGCAUGGCAGAAAGGGAUCAAGGAGAUUAAGGAGGCAGUUGGUCAAAGUAGGCGCCAACCGGCAGAUUGCAUGGCAGAAAGGGAUCAAGGAGAUUAAGGAGGCAGUUGGUCAAAGCAGGCACCAACCGGCAGAUUGCAUGGCAGAAAGGGAUCGAAGAGAUUAAGGAGGCAGUUGGUCAAAGCAGGCACCAACCGGCAGAUUGCACGGCAGAAAAGGAUAGAGGAGAUUAAGCGGGCUGUUGGUCAAAGCAGGCGCCAACCGGCAGAUUGCAUGGCAGAAAGGGAUAGAGGAGAUUAAGGAGGCAGUUGGUCAAAGCAGGCGCCAACCGGCAGAUUGCAUGGCAGAAAGGGAUAGAGGAGAUUAAGGGGGCUGUUGGUUUACGCAGGCGCCAACCGGCAGAUUGCACGGCAGAAAGGGAUAGAGGAGAUUAAGGAGCCAGUUGGUCAAAGCAGGCACCCACUCUGAUGGGGAGGCCUGGAAGAAGACCAGCGGGGGCCUUAUGGCAGCCACGGAAGAGCGGGCAAUUUGCGGUGCCAGAGAACCAUCACCGAAUUCCAAGCCAAAUCUUGGAGGCUGGUGGAGGAAUAGAGACGGGUGUUUAUCCAUCAACGUAAUCGUCAUCCUUACGGAUCCACCAAAGAAGCAGGCAAUUUUUGUGUCCCAAAAUUCUUGGCUGGACCACGAAGCCGCCCUCUGCUAGGUGGCCCUGUUGGAGCCGCGCCCCGCAGGCCAGGCCACCGGACAUCUGGACGGCAAGGCUAGUCCGAGACCCAUUGACCUUUGGGGUGGAAGGGACCUUUUGGACCAGGCCGAGAAGCCGGGAGCGAGACCCUGGCAAGGUCAAUGAAGGCUCCUGUGGAAAUUGUGAGAUUCUAGUAUUUGUGUUGUGUUUUGCGUUUGCAGUGGGUAUGUUGAGGAAGGGAAAGCAGGGGGGAGGCUGAGGGGGGCCUCAGUCUCCAUCUGGAGCGUCCGUUGGUUUUCAAAAGUGGUUUUGAAGGAGAGGUUUGGGCCUCCAGACCAGGUUUUUUCAAGCUAGGCCCCUUUUAAGAUGGGUGGACUUCAAC